UCAAAAUUAAAUUCCAAUUUGUAUGAUAUUAAUGUUAGAGCAGUGUAUGGUUUUCGCUGCAUUGGUAAAGGGAAGAAGGCUGCGAAAACUUUAUGUGCGAUGUUAAAUCUCCCUCCUCCUUCUACUAGAUUCCAAGCUUAUAAUGAUAUUCUUUCAAGUAGUUUGGAAAAAAUUUCCACACAAUCAAUGUUGCAAGCUGUCGAAGAAACAGUAAUGUUAAAUGGUGGAGAUAAAGAUAUAGCUGCUGCAUUUGAUGGAUCGUGGCAGAAACGUGGUCAUACCUCGUUAAAUGGGGUUGUGACUGCCACAAGUUUAGAAGCCGGGAAAGUCAUCGAUUUUCAAUGCUUCUCCAAAUAUUGUUCCAAAUGUGCUAUUGGCGAAGAUAAAGCUACACAUAUAUGCACAAGUAAUUAUUCGGGAACUAGUGGUGGAAUGGAAUGUGCAGUUGUUAGAGAGAUUUUCCAACGUUCUGUUUCAUCUCGAGGUGUGAGGUACGUGCAGUACCUAGGUGAUGGCGAUUCCAGGGCUUUCGAAGAUGUUAAUAAAAGUGAAGUGUAUGGGCAUGGUGUUACGAUCGAAAAACUUGAGUGUGUGGGCCAUGUCCAAAAAAGAAUGGGCAACCGCCUAAAAAAGUUAAAAAAUUCGUUGAAAACAAAAAAAUUAUCUGAUAAUAAAGUGAUCGGUGGAAAAGACAGGCUAACAGACAAGGAGAUCCUAUUGAUACAAAAUUAUUAUGGUUUAGCCAUUAGAAGAAAUGUUCGGAAAAGUGUGCAAGAGAUGUCAGAGGCAGUUUGGUCAAUAUAUUUUCACAAACUUUCAACUAAUGAGCUACCGCAGCAUGGUCUCUGCCCAACUGACUCGGAAACUUGGUGCAUGUACAACAAAGCCAUGCAGGAGGGGAAAACUUACGAUCAUAAACAUUCCCUUCCAGAAGCUGUAAUGCUUGAAAUAAAGCCUGUUUUUAGAGUCCUGAGCAGCCUAUCACUUUUAGAGAAUUGCCUUCAUGGGCGAACACAAAACCCUAACGAAAGUUUGAACAAUUGCGUGUGGGAGCGAAUUCCCAAAAACACAUUUCUUGGAUUAAAAACCUUACAAAUAGGUGUAAUGGACGCAGUUAUUUGCUUCAACGAUGGAAGUGUUUCUAGAACACAAGUUUUAAGGGACCUGAAUAUAGAUCCAGGCUUCUAUACUCAUAAGGCGCUCUGUUCCAUUGAUCAUAUACGAAUUUGCGAAGCAGAAAAUGUUUCAAAAAAUUCUUCAAAAGCUGUCAGAACAGCUAACAAAAUUAAAAAAAUGAAGGAAGAGCAUGAAGCUAAAAAGGAUAAAACAGAAUAUGGUGGAGGGGCACAUUAA